GCCUGGAUCCAUAGUUUAAAGGCACCCAGGAGCAGCCGGAGGCAGGUCAGAGCCUGGGUGAUCGCAGCUCUAGCCAUGGUGUCUAGCUUCGUCACCCGCCUGGGUCUGUGGGCUUCUGGAUUGAUCUUGAUCUUAAGCUUCCUCAAGCUCAUUAGCCUGCUGCUGCGGAGGCAGAGGUUGGCCAGGGCUAUGGACAACUUCCCAGGCCCCCCCACCCACUGGCUGUUUGGGCAUGCCCUCGAGAUCCAGCAGACGGGGAGCCUGGACAAAGUGGUGUCCUGGGCCCACCAGUUCCCCUAUGCCCACCAACUCUGGUUAGGACAGUUCGUUGGCUUUCUGAACAUCUAUGAGCCAGAAUAUGCCAAAGCUGUGUACAGCCGUGGAGACCCAAAGGCCUCGGAUGUGUAUGACUUCUUCCUUCAGUGGAUUGGGAAAGGCCUGCUGGUUCUUGAGGGACCCAAGUGGUUCCAGCACCGCAAGCUACUCACACCUGGCUUCCACUAUGAUGUGCUGAAGCCCUAUGUGGCUGUGUUUGCUGAGUCUGCCAACGCCAUGCUGGACAAGUGGGAAGAAAAGGCUCGUAAGGAGAAGAGCUUUGACAUCUUCUGCGAUGUGGGCCACAUGGCGCUGGACACGCUCAUGAAGUGCACCUUUGGCAAAGGGGACAAAGGACUGGGCCAAAGGGACAGCAACUACUACCUGGCAGUCAGUGACCUCACUCUGCUGAUGCAGCAGCGCCUUGAAUCCUUCCAGUACCAUAAUGACUUCAUCUACUGGCUCACCCCGCACGGCCGCCGCUUCCUGCGGGCCUGCCAGGUGGCCCAUGAGCACACAGACCAGGUUAUCAGGGAGCGGAAGGCAGCCCUGCAGGAUGAGAAGGAGCAGAAGAAGAUCCAGAACCGGAGGCACCUGGACUUCCUGGACAUCCUCCUGGGUGCUCAGGAUGGAGAUGGGAUCAAGCUGUCAGAUACAGACCUCCGGGCUGAAGUGGACACAUUCAUGUUUGAAGGCCAUGACACCACCACCAGUGGCAUCUCCUGGUUUCUCUACUGCAUGGCCAAAUAUCCAGAGCACCAGCGUCUUUGCCGGGAGGAGAUCCGUGAGAUCCUAGGAGACCAGAACUCCAUCCAGUGGGAUGAUCUGAGCAAGAUGACUUACCUGACUAUGUGCAUCAAGGAGAGCUUCCGCCUCUACCCACCAGUGCCCCAGGUCUACCGCCAGCUCAGCAAGCCUGUCGCCUUUGUAGAUGGCCGAUCUCUACCUGCAGGCAGCCUGAUCUCUCUGCACAUCUAUGCUCUCCAUAGGAACAGCGCAGUGUGGCCCGACCCUGAGGUCUUUGACCCCCUGCGCUUUUCUCCUGAGAAUGCAUCUGGACGCCACCCUUAUGCCUUCAUGCCCUUCUCUGCUGGGCCCAGGAACUGCAUUGGCCAGCAGUUUGCCAUGAAUGAGAUGAAGGUGGUCACGGCCCUCUGCUUGCUCCGCUUUGAGUACUCUCUGGACCCCUCACGGCUGCCCAUCAAGAUACCCCAGCUGAUCCUGCGCUCCAAGAAUGGUAUCCACCUCCACCUGAAGUCACUGGGCACUGGCUCUAAGUAGCUCUGGCAAGAGUCAGGCCACAGAUGGUCCAACCUGUGGCUUCUCCCUGGGCACCACCUUCCCUGGGCCAGACCUGGAGGAGUUGUGGCAUCCUGCCUAUGAGACACUUGUAGUUAAGAAGAGGAGUAGGUACUGCCAUGGCAAUCACCUGCAGGAUGAUGCCAUGUAAACAUAUGGGUCUGUAAAUGUUUAUUAUUUGUGUAUUCCAGAGCUCGUUCAUUCACUCAAAAAACACUGGAUGACCACC